ACAGAGCUAAUCACUCAGUCACCUCAUCUGCGCGAGAGAAGAAGCAGCAGAAGAGCGAAAAUGGUGUUGAAGGUGUACGGACCGAUCUUUGCCUCUCCGAAGAGAGUUUUGGUCACUCUCGUGGAGAAGGGAGUUCCCUUCGAGACCGUUCCCGUCGAUCUCUUCACCGGCGAGCACAAACAGCCUCCUUAUCUCGAGCUCCAGCCUUUUGGAUCUGUUCCUGUCGUCGUCGAUGGAGACUACAAAAUCUUCGAAUCGCGUGCGAUCAUGAGGUACAUAGCGGAGAAGUACAGGUCACAGGGACCUGAGCUAUUGGGGAAGACAUUGGAAGAGAGAGGGCAAGUGGAGCAAUGGCUAGACGUGGAGGCCGUGAACUACCAUCCGCCAUUGUUGAACCUGACGAUGCACAUAAUGUUCGCACCGGUGAUGGGUUUCCCGGCGGACGAGAAGCUGAUAAAGGAGAGCGAGGAGAAGCUGGCUCAGGUGCUGGACGUGUACGAGGAGCACCUGUCGAAGAACAAGUACUUGGCCGGGGAUUUCGUGAGCUUGGCCGAUCUGGCUCACCUCCCGUUCACGGACUACCUGGUGGGUCCGAUCGGGAAGGCCUAUCUGAUCAAGGACAGGAAGCACGUGAGCGCGUGGUGGGACGACAUCAGCAGCCGACCCGCCUGGAAGGAGGUUCUUGAGAAGUUCUACCCUCCUUUCUUGAAGUGAAGAAGUGGUUUGGCUUUGUUUGGUUGGUCUCUCCUCUGGGAGUCAAGUCUUUGUGUGUGUUGGGGAAUAAAGACUCUGUUUCAUGUACUCUUGUGUUGUGUUUUCCUUUGUGUUCCUUUCCAUGAGGACUUUAAUCUAAAAAGAAAAGAGAGGAAAUUGUGUUUUUUAUC